AUGGACGAGAUAGAGAAGACGGGAAUCAAGUCUGUCAGCGACAGCGAAGGAUCUCAGUCGGACAGCACUGUGACGACAGCACAGAUGAAGCUCUCGAUGAGACAGUGCGAGGAUCAAACGACGAUGAGAACUGGGCAACAGCAGACGAACGAUGGAUGCCACCUACGCCGAGAGCACUCGAUGAUGGGGAGAUGUUUCUUGCCCGAAGAGGAACGACGAGAAGAGGAACGACGUCGGUUGAAGAUGGCGAUUAGAAGUGAUGAAACGUCAGCUCGACGGACAGACGAGUUCAGUCUAUCCAACGGACGGACGGAGAAGGGUUGA